GGCACGUGCUGUGUUCUUUUCCAACGAAACCCAUAUCUCACUGUACAAAACUCUUUCAAAUCCAAAACCAUUACCUGUUCCAUCCUUGCUUAGGAAUCUCAUUCAUUCACUCUUCUUCUUCUCUUCUCUCUUUUUCAUUGAUCAACACCACCAUUGAUCAGCCUAUGGCUUCACUUCGAAGCUUCUUUCUCCUUCACCUAAUCAUCAUCAUCCUCCUCUUCUUCGUCUCUCCCGGCUCAAGCCAAGCAUGGGACGGUGUAGUGAUCACGCAAGCUGAUUACCAAGGCCUUCAAGCGGUUAAACAAGAGUUUAUUGACCCAAGAGGGGUCUUGACAAGCUGGAACGGUUCAGGCUUCACCGCUUGCUCUGGAGGCUGGGCUGGAAUCAAAUGUGCUCAAGGUCAAGUUAUAGUGAUUCAGCUUCCAUGGAAGUCUCUUGGUGGCAGAAUCUCCGAGAAAAUAGGACAGCUUCAAGCUCUACGCAAGCUUAGUCUUCACGACAACAACCUCGGAGGCUCGAUUCCUUUGUCUUUAGGACUCAUUCCUAAUCUCAGAGGAGUUCAGCUUUUCAACAACCGUCUCACCGGUUCCAUCCCUGCUUCUCUAGGUGCUUCUCGUUUCCUUCAGACACUUGAUCUCAGCAAUAACCUUCUCUCUGAAGCUAUCCCUAUGAGUCUUGCUGAUUCCACUAAGCUUCUUAGGCUUAACCUCAGCUUCAACUCACUCUCUGGUCAAAUCCCAGUGAGUCUCACUAGCUCUUCUUCACUUCAGUUUCUAUCCCUUGACCAUAACAACCUCUCUGGUCCAGUUCUAGACACUUGGGGUAGUACUAACAGCACUUCUCCUAGUCUCCGUGUCUUGUCUCUUGACCACAACUCUCUCUCUGGUCCAUUCCCAUUUUCACUUUGCAACUUACUAGACCUACAAGUCUUCUCCUUUAGUCAUAAUAGGAUCAGUGGAGCCCUACCUUCCGAGCUAAGCAAGCUCACUAAGCUUAGAGUAAUGGAUAUUAGCAGCAACAGUAUCAGUGGCCAGAUUCCUGAAACCCUAGGGGACAUUUCUUCUCUUACACUUCUAGAUUUCUCUCAAAACAGACUCACCGGAGAGAUUCCUGAUUCCAUCACUGAUCUGAAAAGCCUCACAUUCUUCAAUGUCUCUUACAACAACUUAUCUGGUCCUGUUCCCACUCUCUUGUCCCAAAAGUUCAACUCCACCUCCUUUCUCGGAAACCUAGGGCUUUGUGGAUACAGUGCUUCUACACCAUGUCCUACUAUAAACCCUCCUUCACCGUCUCCUAUCAAAUCAUCUGGCAGGAACCUGAGUACUAAAGACAUCAUCCUCAUUGCUUCUGGAGCACUCCUCAUAGUUAUGUUUAUCCUUGUGUUCAUUCUCCUCUGUUGCUUGCUGAGGAAGAAACCAGACAAAUCCAAACCUAAAGGCCUAGAGACUGGACCAGGAACUGUGAAGAAGACCGAAAAAGGAGGAGAAGCUGAAGCUGGAGGUGAGACAGGAGGGAAGCUUGUUCACUUUGAUGGGCCAUUGGCGUUUACAGCUGAUGAUCUUCUGUGUGCAACGGCAGAGAUCAUGGGGAAAAGCACUUAUGGAACGGUUUACAAAGCUACACUUGAAGAUGGAAGUCAAGUUGCAGUGAAGAGACUGAGAGAAAAGAUCACCAAAGGGCAGAAAGAGUUUGAGAAUGAGAUUAAUGUGUUGGGAAGAAUCAGACAUCCGAACCUACUUGCACUUAGGGCUUAUUACUUGGGACCCAAGGGAGAGAAGCUUGUGGUCUUUGAUUACAUGUCUAGAGGCAAUCUUGCCACAUUCCUCCAUGCUAGAGGACCUGAUGUUCAUAUCAACUGGCCUACAAGGAUGAGUUUAAUAAAAGGAAUGGCGCGUGGUUUGUUCUACCUUCACACGCACGCAAACCUCAUCCACGGAAACCUAACGUCAAGCAAUGUACUUCUAGAUGAGAACAACAACGCAAAGAUCUCAGACUACGGUCUCUCAAGGCUAAUGAUUACAGCAGCAGGGUCAAGUGUUAUUGCAACGGCUAGUGCAUUAGGUUACAGAGCACCUGAGCUCUCUAAGCUGAAGAAAGCCAACACAAAGACCGAUGUUUACAGCCUCGGUGUGAUCAUACUGGAGCUUUUGACUGGGAAGUCUCCGAGCGAGGCCUUGAACGGUGUGGAUCUGCCUCAGUGGGUUGCUACUGCCGUUAAAGAAGAGUCCACUAAUGAAGUUUUUGAUGUGGAGUUGUUGAAUGAUGUGAACACUAUGGGUGAUGAGUUGUUGAAUACGCUGAAACUGGCUUUGCAUUGUGUUGAUCCUACGCCGUCAACUAGACCUGAAGCUCAGCAAGUUAUGACACAGCUUGGAGAGAUUAGACCGGAGGAGAUGGCAGCAGUGACAACAUCUGAACCGUUGAUUGAUGUUCCUGAAGCUUCUGCUUCCACAAGUCGAUAGAAAAAGAGUGGAGGAUUUUGCAGAGUAGUAGAUUUUUUUUGUUUUUGUAAUUCUUUGAUUCUCCAAGUAGUGUUUCUUGUUUUAUUUCAGUUAAUGAGUUUUAAACCAUUUCAUCAUUAGUUUGUGUUCGUAAAUAUUGUAAACUGGCUAUGUUUUUAUCUU